ACAACAACAACAACAAUAAUAAUAACAAUAAUGAUAGAAAUAACGACAGUAUUGACGCAAAUUUUGAAAACGUGUGUGCAGAAGAAUUGAAUUUAUCCACCGGGUGUAUAAUUGACGGAGCAGAAACCCAGGCACAAGGCAACCGGCAGCAGUGAGUGGUACACCAGCGGUAGCAGUAGUAGCAGCAACACACCUUCGCCCUCAGAGCAGCAGUAGCAGCAACCAGCUAUAGGCCAGACGCUAUAUCGUACACGCAAUAUAAAGAAUGAAGUCGGUGCUGACAACUACCCGGAGUGAAGCGGCUAAAAUACUCUUGCGACAAAUGGCGGCCGCAAGCUUUCCUCCGAAUUUCUCCAACGUCGGGGUUCUGGAAAAUUGCGCCGGCAUGGAAGCCAACGGUGCGAUUGAGCACGACUUUCACAAUGCCCUGGUACCCAUAAACGGCAGCCAUUCGGGAAGCUCAGGAAGAAGUACACCGAACAGCGGUGAUCCAGCCCCCGGCAAACUAUUCGUUGGGGGUUUGUCAUGGCAAACGAGCAGCGAGAAACUCCGAGAAUACUUCGGCAUGUUCGGCACUGUCACGGACGUGCUGAUCAUGAAGGAUCCCGUUACACAGAGGAGUCGGGGUUUCGGUUUCAUAACAUUCGCGGAGCCCGGCAGCGUGGACAAGGUGUUGAAGUGCCCGAUCCACACGCUCGACGGCAAGAAGAUCGACCCGAAACACGCGACCCCUAAGAAUCGUGCCAAGCAGGCGAAUCGCACGAAGAAGAUAUUCGUCGGAGGAGUGAGCCAGGACACGAGCAGCGACGAGGUGAAGGCCUACUUCAACCAGUUCGGCAAGGUCGAAGAAACGGUGAUGCUGAUGGACCAGCAGACGAAGCGGCACCGGGGCUUCGGCUUCGUAACAUUCGAGAACGAGGACGUCGUCGAUCGCGUCUGCGAGAUACACUUCCACACGAUAAAGAACAAGAAGGUCGAGUGCAAGAAGGCCCAGCCGAAGGAGGCCGUCCAGCCCGGGGCCCUGGCCCUCGGCAAGCGCGUCGUCCUCGGGGCCCUCGGGGUCCGACUUGCACCCCAGCAGCCCCACCCCGUCGCAUCCCAGAUCGUCGCGGCCCAGGCUCAGGCCCAAGUUCAGGCCGCCGCGGCGGCCGCAGCUGCGGCCCAAGUCCAGAACGCGGUCGCCGGAUACGGAAAGCUCUUCGGCAGCUACCCGGCGCUUUCCGCUUACAGAUACGCCCCCUACCCCAUACCGGGGGCCAUGGCCACCGCACCACCACCGGCGCCCGCACCCCAGGCGACACCAACGGCACCUGCGGCCCCCGGCAACCCCUAUCAGGGAUACUCUCUGACAAACGUCGACAUGUCCAGUUUCCAGGGUGUUGACUGGGGAUCGAUGUACGGCAUGGGGAUGUACGUUUAAGGGAUAGUGACGCGGGGGACGCGUUCAAACUACGCCAACUUUUACUCUCGAGGUUAUUGUUCGACCUUGGGGGACGCGGGGAUGUUUGUUGUUGAUGUUGGUAACAACGAGGUACCCCCAUGCAUAACUUCUUUACCUUGCCGAUAUUUUCAACUUGCGAAAUGGUAACCAAGUCGCUCUCUCUCUCUCUCUCUCUCUCUUUCUCUCUCUUCCUCCCUCUCUCUCUAUAUCUCUCUCUCUCUCACUCUCAACUUUUCUCUUCUUUCUUCGGUUCAUUCGUUUUACGAUUAGGAAAUAUUUUUCAACGGGGCUUGGGUUUACGAAAAGCGAUUUGACCGAAUCUUUUAUUGUAUAAAUAAUACCAUGGAAUACUGAGAUCUGGUGUGAUCAGCUUUCUCCUUGUGCAAUACGAGGUUCUUUAAAACCCGUUGCGUAAGCGUGUUGCAGAAACUUGUGAUUCAAGCUUUUUCAUAGACAUUCCUAUAACCAGCACCAACAUCACCACCACCGUUACUAAUCGCUAGUAUUUUACCCCUAUGGUAAGUUGACUGGAAGUUGGUACGUUUAGGCGAGAUGCGUUCUAGUAUUAUUAUUAUUUUCGCUCUAUAUAUUAAACGCAUCGUAAUUUUCACGUGCAGAUUUUAUUUUUUAUUUAUUUUUUUUUUUUUCCGUUCUCCAGCUAUUUAUUUUGUUUUUGGUUUUCGGAUUGUACCUCAUUUCGAUUCAUGCUGCUCGAUCACCUCGCCCAGCGAAUAGACACGGAUAGACGUGUGUACAUUCAAUGAAUGAAAUUUAAUUGGCGUGUUACAGAGAGAGAGAGAGCGCGUGCGCUUGCCGCGCGGAGAAAACUCGUCGAAAAGGGCAAGGCUUCGGUUAGCAAAAGAGAAAAGAAAAGUGAAAAUAAAUUUGAAAGAAAAAACAAA